UGUUCCUCAGCAGUCCUCUCGCUCUCAGCGCUCACCUGCCAUCUUGACCGCAAAGCUGGGAAACCUCCCAGUCAACUUAUCCUACAGGAACCCUUUCCCCCUCAGCCGCAAUCAUGCAGUCGUUUAACAACCGCAAGUUCAGUAUCAACCGCAAUACCGGUGUCCCAAAACCGGCGCGGAGGUUCUCCGUUGGGGAACCUGCCAUGAGCGAGACUAGCAGCAAGAUCCAUCGCCAGUUUCGAGCUGCCCACGAAGGGCAUCUUCCCCACGCUGGCCUAGAUGCGAGCCGAGCCUCGACUGGGGUUGUCUGGUGCAGCGAGAGGGCCGGCGAGUUCGGCUUCUUCGAGGAGCCCGACAAGUGGGCAAAUCUAGGUCAAGGUGCCCCCGAGGUCGACGACGACAUCGAGGGCUGCUUCCCGAAGCCCAAGACGCUCGACAUCUCGGUAAAUAGUAGAGAGUAUGGGCCGACGGCGGGCAUUAAACCCCUGCGGGAGGCCGUCGCGCACCUCUACAACGAGAUGCACCGCAAGGACAAGCCCAGCAAAUAUACCUGGGAAAACGUCGCAAUUGUGCCCGGAGGUCGGGCCGGGCUGAUCCGCAUUGCUGCCGUGCUCAAUAAUGCCUACGUUGGGUUCUUCAUCCCGGAUUACACAGCGUACAAUGAGAUGCUCUCCCUGUUCAAAAACUUUGCCGCGAUCCCGGUCCCCUUGUCGGAGGAGGACGGGUAUCAUAUCCACCCGGACAAGAUUGCGGAGGAGAUUGCCCGGGGCACGGGAGUCAUAAUUACCUCCAACCCCCGGAACCCCACUGGUAGGGUGGUUCGGAACGACGACCUGGAGGAGAUUCAGAAUAUCUGCCGUGGGAGGGCAACCCUGGUGAGCGACGAGUUCUACUCGGGAUACAACUACACAAGCGAUUGUGAUGGUUCUACCAUCAGCACUGCGGAGAAUGUCGUGGACGUCGAUGAAGACGACGUGUUGAUUAUCGACGGCCUCACCAAGCGCUUCCGCCUGCCAGGCUGGCGCGUGGCAUGGAUCCUUGGUCCCAAGGAGUUCAUCAAGGCCAUCGGCUCCUGCGGCUCGUACCUCGACGGCGGCACUAACGUCCCCUUCCAGGAGGCGGCGGUCUCCAUGCUGGAGCCCGAGAAGGUCCAGAAGGAGAUGGCGGCUCUGCAGAAGCACUUCCGGGAGAAGCGCGACUACGUGGUGGCGCGGCUGCGGGAGAUGGGCUUCACGAUCAAGCACGUGCCGGACUCGACCUUCUACCUGUGGCUGAACCUCGAGGGCCUGCCGGGACCCAUCUCGGACGGGCUCAACUUCUUCCAGGCCUGCCUGGAGGAGAAGGUCAUCGUCGUGCCGGGCAUCUUCUUCGACCUCAACCCGGCGAGGAGACGCGACCUGUUUGACAGCCCGUGCCACCACUUUGUGCGCUUCUCGUACGGGCCCAAGAUGGAUACGCUCAAGAUGGGCUGCGACGGCAUCGAGAGGGUCAUCAACAAGUUCAAGAAGAAGGACUAAAGAGCGGCGCUGGGAGGGUCAGGCAUGGACGGAUCCAUUUACUGCAGAGUCUGCAGGAUCUCGUUAAGACGCAGUAAUUUUCCUGGCUAUCGACAGAAAGGGGGGGAAUCGACAUCUUGAGAAGUUCGGAUGUAGGUACCUAGAUAGC